CGCUUUCUGACGUUGCGUUGGGAGCGGACCAAUGGGCGGCUGCCAUGGGCGUGUCCUCGAAACACUGCGCUUUCCUUCUGGUCGAGCAGCGUGGAGUGAGGCUGUGUGUUUUGGGAGCAGUGACUGAUUCAUUCUGCGAGAACAGCGACUACUAGAGCUGAUUCAGAAUGGACUCCUCCUUGAGUGCAGCUCAAAUCCGUGAGAAGUUCAUCGACUUCUUCCGUCGCUAUGAGCACCAGUACGUUCACUCGUCAUCCACCAUCCCGCUGGACGACCCCACGCUGCUUUUCGCCAAUGCUGGCAUGAACCAGUUCAAGCCCAUCUUCCUCAACACCAUCGACCCGUCCCACCCCAUGGCCAGGCUGCAUCGCGCCGCCAACACUCAGAAGUGCAUCCGUGCAGGAGGCAAACACAACGACCUGGACGAUGUGGGUAAAGAUGUCUACCACCACACCUUCUUCGAGAUGCUGGGGUCCUGGUCCUUUGGGGACUACUUCAAGCAACUGGCCUGUAAGAUGGCCCUGGAGCUGCUGACUCAGGAGUUUGGUAUUCCCAUUGAGCGUCUGUAUGUCACCUACUUUGGAGGUAACGACGACGCAGGACUGGAGCCUGACCUGGAGUGCAAACAGAUCUGGAUUGACUUAGGGAUGGAUGAGGCUCGCAUCCUUCCAGGCAGCAUGAAGGAUAACUUCUGGGAGAUGGGAGACACCGGCCCCUGUGGUCCCUGCAGUGAGAUGCACUUCGACCGCAUCGGAGGCAGAGAUGCCUCUCACCUGGUGAACAUGGACGAUCCCAACGUGCUGGAGAUCUGGAACCUGGUGUUCAUCCAGUUCAACAGGGAGUCGGAGACGGUUCUGAAGCCGCUGCCUAAGAAGAGCAUCGACACCGGGAUGGGUCUGGAGCGUCUGGUGUCUGUACUGCAGAACAAGAUGUCCAACUACGACACUGACCUGUUUGUCCCAUACUUCGAAGCCAUUCAGAAGGGCACGGGAGCUCGACCAUACACCGGUAAGGUCGGUGCUGAGGAUGCUGAUGGCAUCGACAUGGCCUACCGCGUGCUGGCUGACCACGCUCGCACCAUCACCAUCGCCUUAUCGGACGGCGGUCGCCCUGACAACACGGGAAGAGGUUACGUGUUGAGGAGGAUCCUACGUCGCGCGGUCCGUUAUUCCCACGAGAAGCUGGGAGCUCAGAGGGGCUUCUUUGCCUCUCUGGUGGAUGUGGUUGUCAGUUCUUUGGGCGAAGCAUUCCCAGAGUUGAAGAAAGACCCAGAAAUGGUGAAGGACAUCAUCAAUGAGGAGGAGGAGCAGUUCCUCAAAACCCUCAGCAGAGGGCGCCGCAUCCUCGACAGGAAGAUAAUGAGUCUGGGAGAGAGUAAGACCAUCCCAGGCGACACAGCAUGGCUCCUGUAUGACACAUACGGUUUCCCUCUGGACCUGACCUCCCUCAUCGCAGAGGAGAAAGGCAUGGAAGUGGACCUGGCUGCAUUUGAAGAGGAGAAGAAGGCAGCACAGUUGAAGUCUCAGGGUAAAGGCGCAGGAGGCGAAGACCACAUCAUGCUCGACAUCUACGCCAUCGAAGAGCUGAGGAACAAGCAGACGCCCGCCACAGACGACUCCCCCAAAUACAAAUACACCUCGGACGAAAGCGGCAGCUACGAGUUUCUGCAGCCUUCAGCCACCGUGCUCGCUCUGCGUCGUGACCGGGCCUUCUGUGAAGAAGUGUCCACGGGUCAGGAGUGCGGCGUGCUGCUGGACCAGACGACCUUCUACGCAGAGCAGGGCGGGCAGACGUUCGACGUGGGCUACAUGCUCCGAGAGGACGACAGCACAGAGGAUCGGACGGAGUUCACAGUGAAGAACACGCAGGUUAGAGGAGGUUACGUUCUCCAUGUGGGCACCGUCUACGGAACCCUUAAAGUCGGAGACCGCGUCACUCUACACGUGGAUGAGGCUCGUCGCCGGCCCAUCAUGAGCAACCACACCGCCACUCACAUCCUAAACUUCGCCCUGCGGGGAGUGUUGGGGGAGGCGGACCAGAGGGGCUCCCUGGUUGCACCCGAUCGCCUGCGCUUCGACUUCACCGCUAAAGGUGCCCUGAGCACCGGUGAGAUCCGCCGGACCGAGGAGAUCGCCUGUGCCAUGAUAAAAGACGCCAAGCCUGUCUACGCUAUGGACGCUCCCCUCGCCGAAGCCAAGGCCAUCCAGGGUCUGCGCGCCGUGUUCGAUGAGACCUACCCCGACCCCGUCCGCGUCGUGUCCAUCGGCGUCCCCGUCCAGGACCUGCUGGACGACCCCACCAGCGCCGCAGGCUCCCUCACCUCCAUUGAGUUUUGCGGUGGAACCCAUCUGCAGAACUCUGGUCACGCCGCGCCGUUUGUCAUCGUCUCAGAGGAGGCCAUCGCUAAGGGCAUCCGCCGCAUCGUCGCUGUGACAGGAGCAGAGGCCCAGAAGGCCCAGAGGAAAGCCGAUUCCCUGCGUCUGUCUCUGUCUGCUCUGGGAGACAAGGUGAAGCAGCAGACCGCCCCGAACAAGGACGUCCAGAAAGAGAUCGCCGACAUGACCGAGUCGAUAGGCACCGCAGUGAUCUCUCAGUGGCAGAAGGACGAGAUGAGGGAAACCCUGAAGGGCCUGAAGAAGACCAUGGACGACCUGGAUCGCAACUACAAGGCCGACAUCCAGAAGAGAGUCCUGGAGAAGACCAAGGAGACGAUCGAGAGCAGCCCCAACCAGCCGCUGCUCAUCAUGGAGAUGGAGACCGGAGCCUCAGCAAAGGCUCUGAAUGAAUCUCUGAAGCUGCUGAAGUCACAGUCUCCUCAGACCGCCGCCAUGCUCUUCACCGUAGACCCCGACGCCGGCAAGAUCACCUGCCUCUGUCAAGUCCCACAGGAAGUGGCCAACCGCGGCCUGAAGGCCAGCGAGUGGGUUCAGAAGUUGUGCCCCCUGCUGGACGGCAAAGGAGGCGGCAAAGACAUGUCGGCCCAGGCCACAGGCAGGAACACGCAGUGCCUGCAGGAGGCGCUACAGAUGGCUAACGACUUCGCACGGCUCAAACUGGGAGAGAACUAAGAGGAGAGAGGGUUUGUAUGUGGGAGGUGGAGAAAGGAGGAAGAGGAGGAGAAGGAGGUCUGGUCGCAAAUACUACUUUCCUCCCUUCCUCCCUUCCUUCCUUCCUUCCUUCCUUUAGGUCAGAUUAGAAAACUAACAAAACUCUAGAGUUUCUCACUCCCGCCGCGUUGACAGACGACCGCUGACGCUCAGCCAGCAGUAAAAUGAGCCUCUCAUGUUUAUUGGGACUUUUCGUGCUCCUAGUGAAAUUCACCUCUCUGGAAAUAGCUUGAAUAUAAAUAAAUAUAAAAAAGAUCAUCUCGUACAGUUGUAACGGGAGAAUGGAGGCAGGAAUUUACUUUAUCAUGUCCACUUAAUUAUUGCAUGCUAGUGUCCAGAGGGAAAGAAAAAAAGGGACGAUUGAUUUAAAACUGUAGCUUCCACCUCCCGAGCACAAAGUCGUCUCUUAAUGAACUCAACCUCUUGUUUGGAAACAACCCCGACGCACUUUGUCUUUCUUUUGGCUUCUUGUACCACUUGAGCUCGGCCUCACAAACAAAAGUGGAAAACCUGCCUCGGCUCUUCACCGACUCGGUUAACAAAAUCCAGAGCCUGUUGGCUGAGGGAUUCAUGCGAUCCCUGAACGGUGGCUCCGUCCAUCUGUGUGAGCGAAAGUCUGCGUUCUCCCUGGUCGCGCAUCCACUAGCUGUAUCAUAGUCUUGCUUCUCCAACGAGCCAUUACCUCGAGGUUUGAUUUAGUGAAUAAAUAACUCAUUAACUGUAUAAAAUGAACGUGUCCGGGUAUCGGUCUGUGUAACUUCAUGUGGCUGACAUGUAAUACUGAUUAUAAAUGCAGGAUGUUUCUAUCACUGUAGCAGGUCCAUGUCAGAGUAAUGUUAUGUUAUGGGGAUGGAAUAAAUGAGACUGGUAAAUGUCA